AUGCCUACCCUCGAUCUCAGCGAGCUGAAUAUUGUGCUCUCGGUCCUAGGGGGCUUUAUCCUGCUCUAUGGGGUCAUCUCCUCCAAGAUCAAGAAUGUCUGGUAUCUUGGAGAAGCACUACCCGCCGUCGUUUUUGGGAUAAUUCUAGGGCCGAUUGCAUCGAAGUUCAUUGAAGCUCAAAAAUGGGGUGUUGGGGCACCGGACCAGCAGAAUGCCAUUACUCUGGGAAUCACGCGUGUAGUUAUCGGGGUCCAGCUUGUGAUUGCUGGGUUUCAACUGCCUGCAAAGUAUCAGAUGUCUCGUUGGAAAGAAAUGCUGAUCUGCUUGAUUCCAAUCAUGACAAUCAUGUGGUUGUGCACAACCGGAUGCAUUCUGCUCACAGUCCCCAAACUAACCUUGUUGACUGCGUUGGUUAUCGGUUCCUGCGUAACCUGCACGGACCCAAUUCUCUCCCAAGCCAUCGCGAAAGGCCCCUUUGCAGAUAAGUUUGUUGCUCGAGACCUUCGUGAGAUCAUUUCUUCUGAAGCUGGCGCCAACGACGGAUUUGGAUUUCCCUUUCUCAUGCUUGCAACUUACCUUAUCCGAUACGCCAAUGUACCUGGAGCAGGAGAAAACCAUAAACUUCAUACGAGAUCCGGGGAAAUUGGCCGUCUUGGUGGAGGAGUUGGAAAAGCCCUUCAAAUGUGGGUGGUGGAAACCUGGCUAUACAUCGUGCUCAUGAGCGUUGCAUAUGGUGCCAUUUUCGGCUUUGCAAGCUGCAAAAUUCUUAAAUUUUGCCUUAAAAGACGGUGGAUUGAUAACGAAAGCUACCUACUCUGGCCGUCCGCAAUGGGUUUUUUCAUCGUCGGCACAUGUGGUGCCCUCGGGACAGAUGACCUUCUUGCUUGCUUCGUUGCCGGGAACGCGCUCAACUGGGAUGGAGGUUACCUGAAAGAAUCCGAGGCACGACAUGACGAAGUCAACUCGUGCAUUGACGUAUUGCUCAAUUUCGGAGGAUUCAUGUAUAUUGGGUCCAUUAUUCCGUGGAGCGAAUUUCACCAGCCAGAUGUCACAGGAAUCACCUAUCCCCGCCUCUUUGCUUUGGGUUUCCUCGUCAUGGCCUUCCGUCGCCUUCCUGCUAUUCUUCUGGCCUAUAAAUUCAUCCCGAAGGUCUGCAAGAACUGGAAGGAGGCGUUGUUCAUGGGCUAUUACGGACCAAUAGGCAUUGGCGCUGUGUUCUACCUCGAGCAUACCCGUCACUUGUUUCCAAAGUUAGGUAAAGGCGACGCAGAAGAGACGAACUUGAUCAGGGCUCUUGGGCCCACGGUCUACUGGCUCGUCCUCUUCUCUAUUGUCUUCCACGGUCUUUCAAUUCCUGCUCACAAUCUCAUUAAUAAGGCCCUCGGUGUAAUACCGAUUGUAGAUCCUUCUGGCCCUGCUGAGAUACGGCCGUUGUCUUUGCACAUGCAACUACCCAAGAACAGCGCCGUCAACAACAAACGCCAAUCUAUUAUGGCAUACAAUCGCUUCUCGCGUGCUAACUACCCAGAGGAUGUGGGUUGGGAGAUACCCAUGACCCGGCCGGCUGACUACGAAUCGACCUAUUCUCAGCCGCGCAGGGCACCCGUUAUACGCUAUGACGAUAGUGUCAAAAUAUAG